AUGGAAAUUGUGGAUACAAUACAAAACCUCAAUGAAUAUUGGGGUCCGCCUGCACAGAACUGGUUUGAUUACUUUGUAGAUGCCUCAAAGCUCGCGGAUUUGCUGGCGAAACCAGGCAAUCAAGAAACUGUCGGUCGAUUAGCUAUACAGUUUGCCGAACAAGCUGCUUCUACACAGAAAGAGGGUGAAAUGAUGAUGGCUAAAGGCUUUUCGAAUGAAGAUAUACAGUUUGCCGAGAGAAAAGCAGCUUGCCUCAUAUUGUGUGCCAUGGCGUGUUUCGCCUACAUUGAGUGGGAUAUAGAGUAUUUAAUUGAUAAAUAUAACGAGAUUUUGUCCGUUCGGAUAUUGAUAGAGAAUUUAUUGGGAUUAUGUCGAAGCAGUGAAACGCCUUCAGACGCUCAGUUUGCUGAGUAUCUUUUCGCCAAAUGGGCUAUGGCUGUGGAUCGUCGGUAUCGUUUACCUCCUCCUCCGGCUAAGCAGACCGUAAACAACCCGCUAUUAGUUCCCGACCUGCAGUUGACUAAACAUGAGAAUAUUCGCAAGAUGGUAGUUGAUACACGAACAUGGUUUCCGCAGGUCAUUUCCUCAUUAGAAAAGUUCAUUGCCGAAGCUAAAGACCUGAGUGUGCCUGGAGUAAACUGCUUUCUUACGCCAUUCUUGGAGAAAGGAGGCAUGUCUUUGGGAGUUGGUAUCGCUGGUAUGAAUGUACUAUGCAUGUGGGCACCACGCCCGGUCUUUAGCUUGUCUACCGUCACUUUAACAGGAGCUGAGAUAGUCAGCGCAUGUCGGUUUGAACUGCUUCGUUUUCAUUUUGCUAAUGGUGCAAUGGAUACAGCUUUAGAACUGCUCAAACAGAUCACACUACCCACAAGCACAUCACCGCUAGUAAUGAUAGACAGGAAGGAGCUGAAUGGUUACUACCUGGCUCUCAAUGUACCUUCACCCAUGCCUCCGGUACCGAUCGGUGCGAAGGAUUUCAUACCGGAUCAGAAGCUCCUCACUGACGACACAUCUACGUUCCGGCGCUUGCGAGUUUGGAGACAGCGUGCUGUCACGAGAACAAGCGGUCAGCUGCAAGUCGCAUUUCGUUCUGAAAACGUAGCUAAAGAUGUACUAGAAGGUCGGGCUACUUCAGUACGACAGCGUCUAUUGGAGAAAAUCAUACAACAACGAUUCAUCAAGUCAUUGCAACGACAGAUAUCCAAUGUGCGAGACGUUGUGGUUCGACGAAGGAUAGACGCGCUUCUGAUCUUCCUAUGUGCUACGGUAGCAGGAAUGCGAGAAGAACUAUUGCGAUGUGGCUGGGAUACACCAUCCAGACUACGUUCGCUUGCUUCGCAAGCACCGAAGACGGUCACGCCUCCAGUGAGCGCGCAGAUUGUAAAAAGUUAG